CAAGGCUCAGAUACAUGAAUUGAAAAAAAAAGUUACUCCUUUUUCAAAUUUUUGCUCUGUUUUUGCUUCAAAGAAUCAGGCAAUGCUUCGUUAUUUCCGUUGUAAUUGCUUUAGGAAGUGCUGCCAUUGUUUUUGUUGCUUUUACGCUUACCCUUAAGGGCCGUAAGCUGUUAUUCCCCUACUCCCUCAAAGAGUUUCUCCCAAACACUUCAUUUUUCUAUUUUAAUUUCAAUAGUUGCCUUUUUUAGGGUUUGAAUGGAUUUAUCUCAGGCUCAAUCGGGUUUGCCUUUGGGUUUUGCUAAAAAUUCCAUUGCAGACGAUUCGAUUUCGCUUCAAAUCGAUACCAGCUUUCGCUGCUCGUCGAACCCGGUGCGGUCUGUUCCUUUACAGUUCUUCGAGGAAAAAGACGACGGUGCCCCUCGUUUGGAGAACGGCAAGCACGAAGACCACAACUACGAAGAUGAAGAAAUUAGGAUUCUAGGGCGAUCUAUGUGCGUGAAAAGACAAAGGGAUCCUAAACCUGUUUCGAACCCUUGUAAACUGUUAUGUUCCGAGCCAAGUUUUGACCAAAGACGAGCCGCUGUCCGGUCAUGGGGAAACCAACCGCUAGAAGAGGCGGAUCCAGAAUUGAAUGAAAUCAUGAAUAAGGAAAAACAAAGGCAGUUCUUGGGAAUUGAGCUUAUUGCUUCCGAAAACUUUGUGUGCCGAGCUGCGAUGGAAGCAUUGGGCAGCCAUUUAACGAACAAGUACUCCGAAGGGAUGCCUGGCGCCAGGUACUAUACGGGCAACCACUUUAUAGAUCAAAUUGAAACCCUAUGCCACGAGCGUGCAUUGACAGCUUUUAAUCUUGAUUCCGAGAAAUGGGGUGUUAACGUGCAGCCUUAUUCGUGUACUUCCGCUAAUUUCGCUGUUUAUACCGGACUUUUGUUGCCAGGCGAUAGGAUAAUGGGGUUGGAUCCGCCGUCUGGAGGGCAUAUGAGUCAUGGAUGGUAUAUGCCGGGUGGGAAGAAAGUAUCUGCUGCUUCUAUAUUUUUUGAGAGUUUUCCUUAUAAGUUGAAUCCUCAAACAGGGUAUAUCGAUUAUGAUAAGCUUGAGGAAAAGGCGCUUGAUUACCGGCCCAAGAUUCUUAUUUGUGGCGGGAGUUCCUAUCCUAGAGAGUGGGACUAUGCCAGGUUUAGGCAGAUUGCAGAUAGGUGUGGAGCGGUGUUGAUGUGUGAUAUGGCUCAAAUUAGUGGUCUUGUGGCAGCUAAGGAAUGUUCCAGUCCAUUUGACUACUGUGAUGUUGUUACUUCAACAACUCACAAAAGUCUACGUGGCCCAAGGGGAGGUAUAAUUUUUUAUAGGAGGGGUGCAAAAUCAAGAAAGCAAGGCAUGUGUCUCGGUAACAGUGGUGAUUGUAGUGGCCAGUAUGAUUUUGAGGAAAAGAUAAACUUUGCUGUUUUUCCAUCAUUACAAGGGGGGCCUCAUAAUAAUCAUAUUGCUGCUCUUGCCAUAACCUUGAAGCAAGUGGCAACACCAGAGUACAAAGCAUAUAUGCAACAGGUGAAGAAAAAUGCUCAGGCAUUAGCAUCUGCUCUGCUGAGAAGAAAAUGCAAGUUGGUUACUGGGGGCACUGACAACCAUUUGUUGCUUUGGGAUCUCACUACUCUAGGCUUGACAGGUAAAUGUUAUGAGAAAGUGUGUGAGAUGUGCCACAUCACCCUGAAUAAAACCGCUAUAUUUGGUGAAAAUGGUGCUAUUUCUCCUGGAGGAGUUAGAAUUGGUACGCCUGCUAUGACAUCAAGAGGUUGUUUAGAGUCUGAUUUUGAGACAAUGGCUGACUUUCUUUACAGAGCAGCUCAGAUUACAAGUGCUGUACAGAGAGAUCACGGAAAAUUGCAGAAAGAGUUUCUCAAGGGUCUUCAGAAUAACAAAGAUAUCAUUGAUCUUCGGAAUCGAGUUGAAGCAUUUGCUGCUCAGUUUGCAAUGCCGGGAUUCGAUGAUUGAACAGUUAUAAAAGAUGGCCUGCAUAUUACUUGACAUCAUUUUGUUAUAUCUCUAGCAAUACCCUCACUUUUUCCUGGUAAUUUAAGUAUAUUUUUGGCCGUCCAUGUUUUUCCCAUUCUACUCUUGUAAAUUAUAUAGCAUAGGUAUACACUUCUGGUUCUUUUUCCUCAAAAUCACUUUGCUGAAUCAGUUGUCUUCCACAUGUGUUGUUUGUAAAAAUUUAUAGUCAGUUCUUUCAAAACGGUAUUAAAAUAUUUUUGAUACAA